CAAAAUGUGAAAAUGUACGUCAAAAGAUGGCAUUUUCAAUGUUAAUCAUUUUUUAUAAAGGAAAAGGAGACAAAAACUAUUCCGGCCAAGGGCCGGGCACCAACUAGUACGGAUAGGGAGGAGGAGUGUCGUGGCUUCUUUCCAUCCGAAGCUACGCCAAGAGUCCGGAUCUGGUGACUAAGGGGGGUUGCUUAGUCACUUGGCUAAACCCCUCCUAGCCAUUGGAUGUAGAAGGAUCAAUCUAAUGGUGAAAAUUAGGGAAGGGUUUUUUAAAUACAGGGAGGGGCAAUUCUGGAAUAAAAAAAAUUCAUUAAUUGGUUUUCCUUUUUAUUCUGGGAAGGGAAAAAAACUGCCGAAGCUUUUCCUCCCGCGAACGGCGAGGGAGAUUCUCGGCGUCCAAACCUCCCGCAAACGGCGAUCGGCGGCGCGAUUUCCCUCCCGCGAUCGGCGAGGCGAUUCCACCGAUAGGCGAAGGAGAUUCCGGCGAUUGGCGGCGAGGCGAUUCUCCCGCGAUCGGCGAGGCGAUUCCAGCGAUAGGCGGCGAGGCGAUUUCCGGCGAUUGGCAGCGAGGCGAUUUCUGGAGAUUGGCGGCGAGGCGAUUUCUGCCGAUUGGAGAGGCGAUUUUCCUCCUGCGAUCGACGACGGCGGGUUCCACUCUCCUCCAGCCAACGACGAACGUGUUUUUCCACCAAACGGCGAGGUGUUUUUCCACUGCUCCUAUAACAAUGGAUGAAGUGGUUGAUGGAGCUAAUGAACAAAAAACGGGAGAAACUGGAACUGAAACAGCAAUGGAUGUAGAUAUUCAGGAAACAACAGUACAAAGUGAAAUCGGUAUGAAAUCUUGUCUGAUGUUUGUAAUGAUUCUGGUUACAUUUUGUAUUCUUAGUAUGUUUAUUACUUUGUACUGUUUGUAUACUUAGUAUGUUUUUCUGCUCUGUUCUGUACAUUUUGUAUUGUAAGUCUUCAUAUAUGAUGAUUGUUAUGUUUGUACAAACAGUACAAACGUAUGGUUUAUGCAGUUUGUACGAAAUACCGUAUGGCUUUAUAGCUUUACUGCAUCAGUUUAAUUAUGUUUGUAAUGUUAGUAUGUUUUUCUUUGAUAGUUUGUACUCUUAGUAUGGUUUUCUGUUGCUGUUUGUACUCUUAGUAUGGUUUUCUGUUGCUGUUUGUACUCUUAGUAUGGUUUUCUGUUGCUGUUUGUAUUCUUAGUAUGUUUUCUGUUAUAGUUUGCAUUCUUAGUAUGUUUUUCUUUGACAGUUUGUAUUCUUAGUAUGUUUUUCUGCUCUGUUCUGUUUCUGCAGAUGAUGAGAUCAAAAUAAUACCAAGCAAUGAAGAAACGUGGAUGAACCUUCGCUUUGACACAAAAGAUCAUGGAUUGCUGUGGUACAAAUGUUAUGCACAUGAUAAGGGAUUUUCUGUUAGAGAAACAGGAGGGGUUAAGAGAACAAGCAAUAACAAACCGUGUGAAGUUGUAAGAUAUUUUGGGGGCAGAUGCAAUAAGGAAGGUUGGCGAAGAGGUAGUACAAAUAAUCCAGCAAAUGACGACCAUGUUGACCAACAACCUAGAAGCAGAAUCAGAAAAGAGGAUAGAUGGGAUUGCAAAGCAGUGAUACGCUUCCAGCUUGAAGAUAGUUCCCAAAAAUACUACAUUUCAAGCUGGUUAGAUGAGCAUAAUCACAAGAUGAUCCCACCAUCAUCAAGACAAUUCAUGAGAUCAAAUAGAACGAUGAAUGAAGUGCAAAAGUUCUUGAUUGACAUGUAUCACAAAGCUGGAAUAUCGAUACAAUCAUCAUUUCAAGCAUUAUGCUUGGCUGCCGGAGGAAGAGAAAAUGUUGGCUUCACACAAAUGGACCACAAGAAUUAUAUCCGUACUAAAAGGUGGGUUUUGCACAUUUUAUAAUCUUUUUGAUCUGUUUUAUAUUGUUUAUACUAUUUGAUUUCUGUACUUUGUAUGUUUUGUACUGUUUGUAUACUUUGUAUGUUUUGUCUAAUCCUUUGUACUGUUUAUACUAAAAGGCAAAAAACAAUGAAGUUUGGGGAGGCAACAAUGAUUUAUCAUCAUUUCAAAAGUGAAGCUUCAAUGGACCCAGCUUUCUUUUAUGAGAUCCAAGUUGACAUCAAUGAAGAAAUUGCAAGUAUUUUCUGGGCGGAUGGACGCAUGAGAAUGGACUAUUUCUAUUUUGGUGACACCAUCAGCUUUGACACAACAUACCGCACCAACAAGAAUGCUCGCCCAUUAGGUACUACAAUUUUUUUAAUUUUCACUAACAUGUAUGUUUGUAAUGAUUUUCUUCCAUAUUUGUCAUGAUUCUGUUGCUGUUUGUAUUCUUUGUAUGUUUUCUGUUGCUGUUUGUAUUCUUUGUAUGUUUUCUGUUGCUGUUUGUAUUCUUAGUAUGUUUUUCCUUUACAGUUUGUAUUCUUUGUAUGUUUUCUGUUGCUGUUUGUAUUCUUAGUAUGUUUUUCUGUUACAGUUUGUAUUCUUUGUAUGUUUUCUGUUGCUGUUUGUAUUCUUAGUAUGUUUUUCUGUUAAAGUUUGUACUCUUAGUAUGUUUUUCUUUGACAGUUUGUAUUCUUAGUAUGUUUUGUUAAACCUCAUUACUAAUUUUAAACAAAAUUUUCAUUUCAGCUUUAUUUGUGGGCUUCAAUAACUAUAGAGAAACAUGUGUUUUUGGUGCUGCCCUACUCUAUGAUGAGACAUCAGCCACAUUUGAUUGGCUCUUCAAACAAUUUCUCAUUUGCAUGAACGGGAAGGAACCGGGAGCUGUUUUUACCGAUCAAGCGGCAGCAAUUGCUGCUGGUAUUAGGACAGCAUUGCCGCACACUUAUCAUGGGUUGUGCACAUUCCAUAUAACAAUGAAUGCAAAGAGUAAUGGGUUGUGGUGGUCACCAUUUUUGGAAGAGCUUUCCUUCUUGAUGUAUGAUUUGGAGACGGAGGAUGAAUUCGACUAUUAUUGGAAGAAAAUGCUUGAGAAUUGCUUCAAUGAAGAAGAAGAAGAAGGGAAGAAAUUAACAAGUAAGAUUGAGGCAUGGCUGCAAAACCUCCACAAAGUGAGAAGUAAAUGGUCAUCGGCAUGGCUGAAAGAUCAUUUUGCAUGUGGAAUGAGAAGCUCACAACUCAGCGAGAGUUGCAACAGCCAUUUGCGUAAGUAUCUCCAGUCGAAACUUACUUUGUGGGAGUUUUUUAUACAAUUCAACAACCUUCUUGAAGCCAAAAGACAUAAGGAGUUGAGAAGUGACUAUGAAGCAUUGAACACUAUUCCAUACUUGGUUUUCACAAACAGUGAGGUUCUUCAACAGUUUGUUACCAAAUAUACACAAAAUAUAUUUGGGAACAUGCAAGAUGAAUACUCCAAGUCAAUCAAAUACCAUAUACGACCAAACAACUCCAAGGAUAUAGAUGGAAUGUUUGCAUAUGAGCUUCACAAACUAGAUCAGCAAAGAAAUCCUAUUGAUAAGAGGAUUGUUAUGGUUGACUUUGUGGAGCGUAAGCUGAUUUGCUCAUGCAAGAUGUUCGAGAAGUGUGGAUGGCUUUGUCGCCAUGUGUUGCGCGCAAUAGAUCACCUCGGCUAUGGAGGACACCUAGAAAUCUUGAAUAUUCACACACGCUACAUAUUAAAGAGGUGGACAUAUGAUGCAAAAUCUGGAGAUUUCACACUACCGGCAGUACAAGAUACAGCAGAGAGGGUGUACUGUUCAAGGGUGAAACAACUUACUGGAUCCAUGAAUUUGCUUGCAACACGCACUUGUAUGGAUGAUGACAUAUACAAGAUGCUUGAAGAAGAAAUGCAAGCAUUGAAGAUUCGUGCUGAAUCCAUGAUGCCUGCCAUGAAGUUUGGCCAGCCUAGCACAAGCACAGGUAUGAAACACUACCUUUAAUUUGGUGCAGGUUUGAGGUUUGUAAUGAUAUCACUUACUGUUUGUAUCCUUAGUAUGUUUUUUCAUAACAGUUAGUAUUCUUUUAGUUGAUAUUCAUAUCAAUGACUGUUAGUAAUGAUAUUAGAUAAAGUUUGUAUUGUUAAUAUAUUUUUUCUGGUCUGUUUCUUUGUAGGAUAAGUUUGGCUACAAAAACUUACUAUUGUUGUUAAAUCCUUUGUUUUUUCCCUAUUCUAGAAGCAGAAUUGAAUCCAGCAAGUUCAGAGAGUGAACCGCAUUGGGCGAAAGCAUUAAAAGUCAGGACUGAUC